AUGGCCAAGACGUUCACCACCCAGGAGGUCGCCCAGCACAAGACCGAUAAGGACAUGUGGAUCAUUGUCGAGGACGGCGUCUACGACAUCACCGCCUUCCAAUCAGAGCACCCCGGCGGCGAAAAGAUUCUCAAGCGCUUCGCAGGCAAGAACGCGACAAAGGUGUUCUGGAAGUACCACAACGAAAAGGUUCUUGAGAAGUACGGCGGCAAGCUCCGCAUCGGUACUGUUGGCGAGAGCGCCAAGUUGUGA